GAAUUAGGUACGGAAUGGAAUCCUCGAAGUCAAAGUUGAAGCCAAAGGAGAAGCGGCAGACGCAGUCGAGGCCCAGCGGACAUGAACGCUUGAAGUCCAUUGUGCGCAGACUCCCCCCAAACUUACCUGAAGAUAUAUUUUGGCAGAGCGUGCAGAGUUGGGUCACAGAUGAUACUGUGAGCUGGAAAGCCUUCUACCCAGGCAAGCUCAGGAAGAAGUUGAACAAGGAGAACGUCUCUUCACGAGCGUAUAUUGCUUUCAAGACUGAGGAUAUCUUGGCCUCUUUCAGUCGCGAAUAUGACGGCCAUAUCUUCAGGGAUAAAACUGGGAACGAAUUUCAAGCUGUUGUAGAAUUUGCCCCAUAUCAGAAGAUUCCUUUGGAGAAGAAGAAAGCUGAUAGCAGAAAUGGCACGAUAGAGAAAGAUGAAGACUUCAUCUCUUUCAUGCAAGUGCUCGAAGCGUCAUCUGCGAAACUUAUAGACACAGAACAGCUCCUGGAUACGCUGAUCGCGUCCACACAACCUGUCCCCAUGCCAAAGUCUACUCCCCUUCUCGAGGCGUUAAAAGCUGAAAAAAGCGCCCAAAAAGACAAGGAAGCCAUUCUUCGAAACCACCCUCACUACAAGGAUGCCGCCGCUCUAUCGAAGAAAGAGGAUGCAAAGAGAAGAGGGGCUGUCCCUGCACCUGCAAAACAAAGCGAUAUACCAUCGGCGGGGUCGAAAAAGGGAUCGAAGAAGGCAACUUCAGCCGCCCAGAAACAAACAAGCUCUUCAACCUCCCAGCCCAAGAACGGGAGCUCCCCGACGACUGUACCUAUGACUGUGAGUAAGGCUCCACCCACCGGGCCAAAGAGUGGACGUAGCGGUCGGCCGCAAGCUCAAGCCCAAGAUACUCAACCUCCUCGGAGUCCAAUCACACCUGCCACUACUGUUGCCACUUCCGUUCCCUCUGCCUCUAUCUCUGCAUUGCCAGAAACCGCUCCUCCUAGUACGGGAAGUGGUGCGACUGGCAGGAGACCGCGCCCUAUCCUUGGUCUGGCGUCUCGACAGUUUGAAGCCGCGCUAAGUGGUGCAGGCGUGUCUAAGCCGAAGCGCGAAAGAGCCGCCGAGAAGGAUAAGGGUAAAGAUAGAGAGAAGGAUAAGGAUAAAGGAGUGGAGAGCCGAGAUCCGAAUGAGGAUGGGGCUAAGGGCAAGGAGCGAGAGCGAAGGAGGGAGGAUAGGGCGGAGGGGAAGUCGACUAAACAAGCUAAAGCGGAAAAAACUCCCGCCGUACCAACUGUUCCGGCGAUAUUGCAUAGAGAAGGAGCAUCGCAGGUAACACCAAGGAUUCUCACCAGACCCCUGGAUGUGGAAGGCAAUGCCGUCGUUCCAACACCACCCUCUGGUGCCGAGGGGACGAGGGGACGGGGCUUUGGAAAGUCACGCGGGCGAGGGAGGGGAAGAGGGAAGGAAACCAGAUGA